AUGUCGCUUCCAGCUCGCGAGAAAUUCCAGAUCGGUUGGAUAUGUGCUUUGCCAGUCGACGUUGCCGCAGCUAUAGAGAUGCUGGAUGCGAAUUUCGGGAUCCUAGAUGAGCAGGACAGCAGAGAUACGAACUCUUACACCUUGGGGCGAAUUGGCAAACAUUAUGUUGCAAUUGCUGGCCUAGGACAAUCUGGAACUACAUCAGCCACAGCUGUAGUAAUCAAUAUGAUGCGAACAUUUUCUCCAUCUCUACGGGUCGGGCUGAUGGUGGGCAUCGCAUCGGGCAUCCCGUCUUUGGUCCGUGACAUUCGGCUUGGCGACAUCAUCGUCAGCUACCCAGAAGGCACAUGCGGCGGCGUACUUCAGUAUGACAUGGGGAAAAUUGUAGAAGAGGGAAAACUAAUGCGAACCGGCUCUUUGAAUGCUCCACCUCGGUCGCUUAUCACUGCGGUUGCAAAUAUGAGAGCAGCUGCAUUGACAGACGAUCCGAGGUUUCCAGAAUACAUGGAGAAAGCUCUUCAAAGAAAUGAACGAACUCGUCAGAAUUUUGGUCGUCCUGAUUCGUCAGCCGACCGACUAUUCCAGAUGCAUUAUGAGCAUCCUGAGACUGCACCUACUUGUGAUGGAUGUCUGACAGACUGGGAAGAACACAGAAAUAGACGGGAAGCAGCUGAUCCCCACGUACACUACGGUAUUGUUGCGUCUGGAAACGCAGAGAUGAGACACGGGGGGACAAGAGAGCAACUUCGCAAGGAAACAGGAGCAAUCUGCUACGACAUGGAGGCGGCUGGUGUGAUGAUGGAUUUUCCUUGUAUCGUCGUCCGGGGGAUCUGUGAUUAUGCCGAUUCACAUAAGAAUGAGAAGUGGCAAGGAUUCGCAGCAUUGGCCGCGGCAUCGUAUGCGAAAGAGCUGCUAAGUUACGUCCCAGCUGGGCCAGUAUCACAGGAGAAGUUGGUUAUAGAAAUGUAUCAUAAGUAG